AUGGCAGCUCAUGUUAGGGAUUGCCUGACCAACACCAACGCUCCAACCACUGCACACCCGUUUGACGAUAUUGAGCCGACACCGGGUUCCAACCACGAUCAUCACCCUUACCAGCGAGACCAGGCCCAGCCACAGCCUCAUUUCUGGACCCGAGAUACAAUCAACGGCUUGACCACGGGUCCACGAACACGACCGAGCAAACGAAUCGCCCCCGGCCUCGAACAGCGAUUGCGGCACCUCGAGGAGCAGAAACUCAGACGAGAGGCAGAAGCGCGUAGGAAACACAGCAUUGGCCGCAUCCUCGAGGAGCAACUCCAGGACCUCGAGCGUCUGCAACGCGAGCGGGAGGAAGUCGUCGAGAUCCAGCGUCGGGGCAAGACCUGGACCGGCCCAGUCCUGCCAGUCAUCGUCCACAGAACGCAAAGCAUGCCCGGUGGUGUGCGACUGAGCGGCGGCCCAGUUCUCACCGACAAUGAAGCGUCCCUGCUCGAGUCCGACGUCUCCUCCAUCAUAGACAUCAGCGAUCGCUUUGAGGUGUCAGAUACGGAGGACGAGCUGAGGGACACCCAAAAGUACCGCAUGCCAGAUUGUGGGAAGACCAGACUACAUCUAAGGACGAAGGAACCGCUGAGUCCCAGUGCAAGACACGUGCCGAGGAGUCCUGGAAGUGGGAGGAGGGAGAAGAGGGAUAGCACGCCGACGACACCUAGGAGUACGCAUGUGACGACGAAUGGGCAUUCGCCGGCUGCGACUAUGGAUUCAUCGGGAACGAAUUGGCACGAGAGGAAUUCGAGUAGCGUGACCAUUGGAGAUGGGGAGUUUGGGCCGAGUCUGUCAAGGGCAGGAUCGAUUUACACACUGGGCAGGGCAAGCUUCACUGGACAACUGGCUCAAUUGACAUCUAUGCGCCUGCCGGAUGCGAGCUCGCUUGCGAAGAGGAUUUCAUCCUUGUCGUCUGCAGCGGAGGCGGCGAAAGCUCUAUCAGAUGCGUCUGAGCAGAUCCGGCUAUGGAUCAGUAAGGCAUCAGAUGUGCUGGACGGGCUGAACGCUGACGACGACGUGGAGUGGGCAGCGAUUGGCGGAAGAGAAGGCAUUGAGGAUGUGGACACUACUAUUACGAAGUUCCAGAAACUGGUCGAGGUCUACAUCUUGUCGAUUGAGGAAUUGCAGAUGCGGGAAGAUAUUGCUUCGCUGUCUGCAGAUGAUAUCAAGGGUAGUGUCGGUAUGAUGGAGACGAUAUUAGGGAGUUGGAAGAAGAUAAAGGACACAUUGAAGAACGUCAAAGAGCAGGUCGUGAUCGCUAUGGAGUGGGAGGAGCUCUGGAAUAAGGUUCUGGGCGAGGUGGCGCAAGAGAUGGACGCUUUGAAUCACAUGGUGUUUGAGAUGGAAGAGAUGCGGCAUCAAGGGCAUGAGAGUGUGCUCAGCUCCCGCGAUAGUAUCGACAUCAGCGAAUUGGAGACUAUACUGGAAGAACAACCAGGAAGAGGAAAGCCGCCAACGAACAGUCGACAUAGCCUACCUCAGCUAAAUCCCAAUUCGCCUGCAAUCGCAACGCCACCCACUACCAACGGCAGUAAAGAGGAUUCGAGCUUGCUGGCUCUAUUUGCCCGAAUGCAGCCCUUACGAGCGGCUCUGGACUUCUUGCCAAUGCGAUUGUCUGCUUGGGAGGAGCGAGGAAACAUGCACUUUCCAAGCGCAACGCUGGACCUUGAAGAGCGACUGAAGCAGCUGGAGGAGCAGUGGAAGAAGCUCGAGGCAGAUGCAGAGUCAUUACGGCGAGAACUGGGUGAGGACAGGUGGAUUAUGGUCUUCCGCAAUGCUGGACGCCAAGCUAUGAAGAUGUGCGAGUCGAUUACCCGAAGCUUCGAGAAGUUAAAGGCGGCCGUUGAGUCGAAUGAACGACAGUCAGAUCCCUCAGCUGUGAACGAGCGUAUACUGAAUUACGAACAGAAGAAGCGACAUUAUGGCCCUGCCAUUCAACGAGUGCUGGCCAUCAUCGAUCGUGGAGUGAUGGAUCGCCUGACUGUCAAUGGCGAAAUCUUACGAUUGCAAAGUGACAUGAAGCGGCGAUGGACAGCACUGCAAAGUGAGAUGGCGGAUAUGGAUGUGGUCGUGGAGGAGAUGAAGUCUGAAAGUGAUGCAAAGGAGAAGCAGGAUAAGCAUCUGCGGGACUCAGUCUCCACUGUCAUCUCCAGCGAGCGGUCAAUAGCGAGCAGCCUGAUGGACACACCAGGUAGCUCGCCCGCGAGCAGUGUUGUAGGAGACAGCAGGAAAGGCAGCUUCGGAUCGAGGACGCCAACGCCGCUGACCAACAUCAAGACGAGGGACAGCUCAAAUCCCAGGAUCAGGCUAUCCUCCGGCAGCUCCAUGCCACGAAGGAGUCUCUUACCCCGAUCGUCCUUUGCAGACCUACACUCGCCAAGCCCUAAAGCAUCACCAUCCUCGAUCCCAACACCGGCAAUGACACCGAUGUCGAAGGGACCCGCAUGGCCUGCUAGACCAGAAGCGCCCCAAGAUCCGAGCAAAGCGCGCUGGACCAGACUUGCGAAGAACGAAGAUAAGGGCUUCCGUCCGCUGUCGGCGUACGAGCCUUCACCUUAUGCUAAAGCGCCUGUGACACCCAAGACGAACUAUCUCCGAGCAGGCUCGAAGACUUACGCAACACCCAUGACCACGGACAGACGCAUCUUCAGCGCGCCUACACCCAACGGACCCUCCUCGAUACCCCGACCCACGACAGUCAUGGGCACCGCUACCUCUUCACGCAAAUCCUCACUCCCAGUCCCAUCCACUACACCCUCGAAGACUACCACGCACAGAACUCUGAACCCGAAGAAAUCAGCACCCAGCCUUCGACCUGGUUCUUCGCGGACGGCAAGUAGUGGUAGGAGGAGUAGUCUCCUCCCUCCUAUCCCCGCUGUCCCGACUGGCGGUGUCGACGGGAAUGAGGCGGACAAUGAGAGUCCGUCGCAUCACAGAAUGAGGCCACCGAGUGCGAUGGCGAGUGGACGGAGGAGCAGUCUUAUGCCCAGUCGCGCGAGGAGUCGCUUGAGCGAGAGUACGGGAAGUCAGGCGCUGGAUAGUAAGCCGAAGUGGAGAGGGGCUUGA